AUGAGGAAUCCUGUGCCAGUGGAGGGAGAGCCUCUGGGUGUGCUGGGGACCCUGGCCAUGGAGUUUGAGUGGCCCCACGAGGUGACCAAUGGGAAGUGGCUUCUCUACCUGACUGAGAUCGUCACCAAAGGAACAACUGAGACACACUGUGUCCCUCCAGGGGACAUUGUCAAUCUGCUCUACCUCACGGAAUGUUCAAAGUGGACGGCCCGCUGUGUGACGUUCACCUGUCCCUUGAUCAACAUGUCUACCUCUGCCAAGAUCAUUGUGAGGUCACGGGUCUGGAACAGCACUAUGCUAGAGGACUACAACAAUGCUUUGAGGAUCAAGGUUAGAGGUCAGGUCACACUGAAACUGGUGACAGACAUCAAGAUGGAAAGUGAGACCAGAGAGUUCAUAGUAGACAUUGACCCAGUCCUUGAAGAGGAGACACCUUGCGAGGUUCCCUUGUGGAUCAUCAUUAUUGCCGCGGUAGCAGGGAUCCUACUGUUAGGAGUCAUCAGUAUCAUACUAUGGAAAUGUGGUUUCUUCAGGAGGGCCAGCAGGCCAAGGCCCAGAAGGCUGAGAAUAAGAUCCUGCCCUCAGAGGCUGACUGAGGACUACUGA